CAAGUUGAUCGAUCGCAGCGCCAGAGGGAACAUGGAGCUCUUCUCGGACUCGGACUCGGAGACGAGCUCGACAUCGGCGUCGAGCAGUGCUAGUGGAAAAGUAGACAUUCGAGAGACGAGGUCGAGGUCUAGCUCGAGCUCGAGCUCAAGCGGGUCGUCGUCUUCCUCGUCCGCAAGCUCCUCCGCUUCCGACCAGCUCAACAUCAACCAAGAGUACGCUGCACGAUUUCAUCACAACAAGGAGCGCGCCGACCUACACCGCCUGCAGGAGAAGCACGGGGCGGGCGAUUUGGACGAAGAUGAGUCCGAGAGCAGCAGCGAGGACGAGACGGAGGACGAGGAUGGCGAGCAGGUUACGGCCGAUGUCGACGCAGCCAUCUUGACGACUUUGGCAAAGAUUCGGGCUAAGGAUGAGAGCAUCUACGAGACGGGGAAGCGAGUCUUCGACGAGGAAAGGUCGCUCGCCUCGAGCUCCAAGCUGCUGCCAUCUCGAACGCUGACAAGACCGGGAAGCGGGAAAAAGGUCACGCUCGGCGAUUACCAGCGCAAACGAAUUCAGGAGCUCAUGGAGACGGAGCAAGACCCGGCAAAAGCCCUGGCUGAGGCCACAAUGAUCCGGAAGCGGGGCGAAGAAGAAGAUACUGCGGGCCCUGAUUAUCAACUCAGCCACACUCGAGAGCAGGAGGAGCUCCGGCGGGAAGUUACAAACGCGUUCCAUGGGGCGGACGAAGGGGAGGAGGAAGAAGAAGACGAGGGUGGCUUCUUCACGCGAAAGGACCGUCAGGAAGACGAAGAGGACGAAGCGGACGCCGAGGCGUACAGAAAGUAUCUGCUUGGCGUGCUAGGUGGAAAAGAAAGGGAGCAGGCGGUCCGAGAAGCGUUGCGUACGCAGGCCGAAGAAGCGGCACAGGGCGAUGGUGGAGCUGCUCCCAGUGCUGAUGACGGCGAGUCCAAGAAGGCGAAGCGAGGCCAGGAGGAGCAGAAAAAUCAAACAGAGGAUGACGAGGACUUUCUCAUGAACUACGUUCUGAAUCGUGGAUGGGUCGACAACCCUAAUGCCGCGCCGAAGCUCAAGAGGAGGCCGGUGAAGGAAGAGGCUCGGCGUGCGGACGAGAGGAGAGCCAAUACUGGCGAAGAGCGCGACUGGGAUGCCGAAGCAGCAGACCUAGACAGCGAGGACUCCUUUGACUCUCGGGCUGAGGCCUUCGAAAACGCAUACAACUUCCGCUACGAGGCCUUGGAGGGUGGUGAGGCCGAUGCACAGAUUCAAAGCUAUGCAAGGAAUCCGGUUGGAAGCGUGCGACGAAAAGAAGAGAAGCGCAAGCUUGAGCGAGCUGAGCGCAAGCGUCGAAAGGAGGAAGAAAAGGAAGAAAAGAAGAAGGAGCUGGACCGACUCAGAUCCUUGAAGAGAAAGGGAAUCGUUAACCGACUCAAGGCGCUGAAGGAGGCGACAGGGAGCCAGGCUGUCGACUUUGGCAAGCUUGAUCUCGACAAGGACUUUGACCCGGACGAGCACGACAAAGUCAUGCAGGGUGUCUUUGGCGAAGACUACUACGGCGAUGACGAUGACGAGAAGCCAACGUGGGACGAUGAGAUUGACAUUUCCCACAUUUUGGCCGAGGAAGACGAGCGGCAAGGGGCCUCAAUAGGCAAUGACAAGGGCAAGAGCAAGAACAAGGCGAAAGAGGUCAAAAAGGAAAAGAAAAAGGCCGAGAAGGGCAAAGGAGGAGGUGAAGACGAUGAAAGAAUCGAAAUGGACGCCGACUUUGUUAAUGGCGAGGCGGAAGAUGACGAAGCUCCUGAAGAGCCAAAGAGGCUGUCCAAGGCCGAGAAGAAGAAGCUCAAGAAGAAGGAAAAGGCCAUGGCGAAAAGGGCUGCUGCCGCCUCUGGAGGUGGAGCACAGGAUGCAGACGGCGUCGACGAAGACGAGAUGGACGCCGAGAUACCUGUGGGCAAUGAGCAGGUCGUAUCGAUGACCAAGGAGGAGCGCAAAAAGAAGCUCUCGAAGGCCGUGGACGACUACUACAACCUCGAGUACGAAGAUGUGAUUGGAGGAGACCAGCCGACUAGAUUCAAGUACACCGAGGUGCCCAAGUCCAACUUUGGCCUGUCCGCCAUCGAGAUCCUCCUGGCCGACGACGAUCAGCUCAACAAGGUCGUGGGUCUGAAGCACCUGCAGCCCUACAAGCGCGGGAAGACGCGGCCGAAGGAUCUCUCAAACAGGCUGAGAGACUUUAGGCGAGGGUUGGCCGAUCGCAAGGGGGUCGCAGAGGGCGAGGAGGAAGAGAGGCGGUCCAAGGGCAAGAAGAGGAAGGGCAAACAAGAGCGGCUCAAGGAAAAAGCAAGACAAGAGCAGGUUGGUGAUGCUGAGGGCAUGGAGAUAGGCGAGAAGGAGGAGGGCGGGAGACGUGAGAAGAAGAGGAAGCUCAGCGAGGAAGACGGGCCGGAAGAGGGAAAGGGAAAGGAGAAAGAAAGCAAGAAAUCGAAGAAGAUCAAGGGCAAGCGCGAACAUGGCGUGGAAGCGUAGUAAAGUGUCUCAAUACAGUGAUGUAAUUGCUAUGGCUACUUGU